GCUGCUGCUGGUGCUGCUACUGCUGCUGGUGCUGCUGCUUCUGCAGUGAAGGUCACUUCAGUCGUGGAGCUGCCCAAGGCCAGUCGAGCAACUGUUUCGCCACUUUCUGGUCCUCCAUGGGCGUUCCUCUUUUUGGGCGCCAUUUUGCUGUGCUGUGGCAGCUUCGAGCUUGUCGAUGGCCUCAAGUGCCACAUGUGUGGUCAGUACAACGAGGGCGUGGGCUCCAUAACUCCCUGCACCAACUAUUCCAAGGAAAUUGCGCAUCUCUAUCUCAAGGAAUGCACCAAGAAGAGUGAGAAGUUCUGUGUGAAAUAUGUCAGCGAAUUGUCGACUGUGCGAGAUUGUGCUACUGAAUGCGUCGAGAAAGAAAUUUGGGAGACCCAAACCUAUUGCUGCAAAGAAGAUGGUUGUAAUUCUAGUGGACUAAUGAAAGCCUCUAUAUUCUUGGUCUCCUUGCUAAUUAUCAUGUGGUUAUUUUAGACGACUUCUUCAGGAUUUUCAGUAACGAAGUCAAGAU